UAACGGAUAUCGGUUAUACGCUCAGGUAAACAUUUGAAAAGAUUAUCGGCUGUCUCUUUACAGUACUUAAUAAAAAUAAACAAACAAACGUUAUUAGCAAAAUAAGCAGCAUACAUUAUGCCUUUGGCUAAUACAUAAAUACGGCUGGAAUAACUCAGACGCAACGGGUAUGUGUUUUAGCGAAACGGGAAUAAUACAUUUUGUAUUGCUAUUUUAAUGGCGAACACAUACAAAAUUGACGCUAACGACAAAAUAGGUCGAUCAACAUUAGAAUCGGGAUCGGAUGAUUACGAAACAUUACAGACAAACAGAAACAAUGAAGUGAAUAAAACGUCAGAUCAUGAAAACAACUCAUUUCAUGAGGUUAAAAAUACACACAGAAAGUUUAUUUCACGUCGAAAAGUGAUGAUUUGUGCGGUUAGAAUUCUCGUGAAUGUUGUAAUCAUAGCAACGCUUAUUGCAGUUGCUAUGACUUUAACAACAACUUCUGAAAAGGAUAUAGAUGAGUGCAGCUCAGGUCCAUACGGUAGUGGAAUAUGCAUUGAUGGCGCCAAUAAUUACAAAUGCUUAUGCCGUGAUGGAUUUGAUGGAACAAACUGUGAAUACAACAUAGAUGAGUGCAGUUCAAGUCCAUGUGGAAAUGGAACAUGCAUUGACGGCAUAAAUAAAUACACUUGCUUAUGCGCUGAUGGUAUUUAUGGAACAAACUGCGAACACGAUAUAGAUGAGUGCAGCUCAAGCCCAUGCGGUAGUGGAAUAUGCAUUGAUGACACCAAUAAUUACAAAUGCUUAUGCCAUGAUGGAUUUAAUGGAAUAAACUGUGAACACAACAUAUAUGAGUGCAGUUCAAGUCCAUGUGGAAAUGGAAUCUGCAUUGACGGCAUAAAUAAAUACACGUGCUUAUGCGAUGAUGGUAUUAAGGGAACAAACUGCGAACACGAUAUAGAUGAGUGCAGCUCAAGUCCAUGCGGUAGUGGAAUAUGCAUUGAUGGCACCAAUAAUUACAAAUGCUUAUGCCAUGAUGGAUUUAAUGGAACAAACUGUGAACACAACAUAGAUGAGUGCAGUUCAAGUCCAUGUGGAAAUGGAACAUGCAUUGACGGCAUAAAUAAAUACACGUGCUUAUGCGAUGAUGGUAUUAAUGGAACAAACUGCGAACACGACAUAGAUGAGUGCAGUUCAAGUCCAUGUGGAAAUGUAACCUGCAUUGAUGCCAUAAAUAAAUACACGUGCUUAUGCGAUGAUGGUAUUAAUGGAACAAACUGCGAACACGGAUUAUCUGAUUGUUUGGAAAUAUUGCGUUUCGACAACAGCAGUGCUGAUGGAAUCUAUACAAUUACAACAUGGACAAAUCACCGGCUUAUUGAUGUAUAUUGUGAUAUGUCUACAGAUGGCGGGGGAUGGACGGUAUUUCAGAAUCGCUUUGAUGGGUCGGUAGAUUUCUACAGAAACUUUUCUGAAUACGAAGCUGGAUUUGGAGACUUGAACGCAGAAUUUUGGCUAGGUUUGAGUAGCAUCGAAGAGCUAGCUAGUCAAGGUCAGACAAGUUUACGUAUAGAUUUAGAAGCUGCAAACGGCACAAAGGCAUAUCAAACGUUUGGAAGUUUCAGCCUUGCUCCUGGACCAGCGUAUACACUACAUCUUGGACCUUCUAUAGCUUCAUCAGGAAUUAAAGGUGACGGUAGAGCAUCUCAUAAUGGCGCCAACUUUUCUACCUACGACCAUGAUGCAGACAUAUCUCCAAUAAGUAACAGUGCUGUAAGUUUCCAGGGUGCAUGGUGGUAUAAAAGUGCUUAUACAAUGAACUUAAAUGGGCUGUAUCUAACACCUGGUACUAGGACUGGCAAAGGCAUGGUUUAUAAUGGUUUUAUUGUUUCCAGAUCGUUAAAAAGUAGCAAGAUGAUGAUGAGAAGAAAUUAAAAAGUAAUAUAACAUUAUUGUUGAUAAACAUAUAUACCGGUAUAUUAUAAUUUUUUAACAUGUUGUACAUAAUAUCAUCUAACAGAUUUCGAUCAUAUUUCUGCAAUAAAAUAAUAUUUAUUAAGAUUUGACUGUUUUGGUUUGUUUUAAGCAUAAUCGUAUCACUAGCAUCACUAUGUCACUUAGACUUUAUUUACAGCUACAGCAUUGUUUAGCUAUUUACCAAAAAAUGUAUUAGACUAAUUGCAUCAAACAUCAGAAUGUUAUAUGACUUGCUUUUUUAUACAGAAAAAAAUAAUAUGCCUGGUUUACUACUUCUGAUUGACUUAGCGGCUGCGUUUGAUACUGUCUCAUGGAAUUUUAUGCACCAAGUUUUAGACAUUUUUAACUUUGGCCAUUCCAUAAAAUCCUGGAUCAAAUUAUUUUACACAAAUAUUGAAUCCUGUGUCAUUGUAAAUGGACAUAUGUCUGAAUGGUUCCCAUUACAGAGAGGUUGUCGCAAACGAGAUGUCUUGUCACCCUACCUGUUCAUUCUUUGUGCUGAAAUACUUUCAAUAUUAAUUAGAAAUAAUCAAAAUAUAAAAGGAAUAAUGAUAUAUGGAAAGGAGUAUUCCCAGUAUGCAGAUGACACUAGUCUGUUUUUGGAUGGUACAAACAAAUCUCUAAAGAACACAAUGUUAACAUUAAAAUUUUAUGCUAGAAUUUCAGGCCUUUAUAUCAACAUGGAGAAAACAAAAGUGAUUUGGUUUGGAUCACAAAAAAUAGUAACACCAUUCUUUGCCCAGAAUAUAACUUGGCAUGGAACAAUGAAGUUUUUACAGUCCUAGGUGUUAAAUUUACCACAGAAUUAUCUGAAAUUAUAGAUCUGAACUAUGAUUCAAAAAUUGAAGAAAUUAAGAAACUAUUUGCAAGUUGGUCUAAAAGAUUCCUGUCUCCAAUAGGCAAGCUAGUUGUUAUAAAAUCCCUUGCUCUUGCAAAAUUAAAUCAUUUGUUUUUGAGUAUACCAAAUCCGCCACUGGCCAAGAUUUAUACUAUACAGAGCCUUUUUUACAACUUCAUGUGGAAUAACUCUAGAGACAAAGUAAAAAGAAAUAUUAUAACCCAAGACUACAAGUUUGGGAGGCUAAAAAUGAUAGAUUUAAAAUGUUUUAUGAAUAGCUUAAAAGCAACAUGGAUAAGAAGACUCAUUAAUUCAAAUAAUAAAUUUAGUCAGUUAGUAGAUAGUAUUUGUCCAGUUGUAAAGCAAAUCUCUAAGUAUGGGAUAGACUAUAUUAAAACAAAACUACAUUUAGAUAUUAACCCUUUUUGGAAAGAUGUUCUUUAUAGUUAUUAUGCUCUCUCUUUAAAUGCAACACCGGGGAAUAGUACACAAAGUUAUUCUGUUCAUUUAUGGUUUAAUCCUGGAAUUAACGUUGGAAAUUCAAGUGUUUGUAUAAAUAGAUGGAUUUCAGGUGGAAUUUUGUUUUUAGGUGAUCUUUUAAAUCAAGAUGGAGAAUUCUAUACAUACAAUGAUUUUCUAGUCACUUACAAUAUCAGAAGUAACUUUUUAGAAUAUAGAGGAAUGCUGACAGCAGGAAAUGAAUUUCUUGAAGUAAACAAUAUCCAACAUCUGCCAAAGAAGAUCAACUAUCAUAUACAUAUUCCGCAAAGUCUUGCAGUAAUAAUUAAGGAUAAAAAAGGAUGUAGAUAAAUUUAUAAAGCAAUGCAGAAUGUAGGACAUUAUCCAAAUUCUUUACAAAAAUGGCAGGAUGAACUAAGAAAUACCACAGAAGCAGAGAUUUUUCAAAAGAAUUCGAUAUAUGAUAUGGCUUAUAAAUUCACAAAAAAUCCAAAAAUAUGGUUCCAAUUCAGGAUUAACCAUAGAAUCCUUGCCACAAAUUAUUUGCUGAAAAAAAUGAAGAUUAUUAAUUAAGACUCUUGCUCUUUUUGUCAGAAUGAGCCAGAAACUUUGAUUCAUUUGUUUUAUAACUGUGAAGUAAUUAAACAAUUUUGGCUACAGCUUCAGUCCUACAUAAAAAAUAAAUGUUUUCUGAAUUUUGAAGAUUUGACUAUUUCAGAUAUUUUAUUUGGUAAUACAAAGAUGGAAAAUGUAUUAAACAAACUAAUAUUAUAUGCGAAACAUUAUAUAUAUUAUAGUAGGUUGAAAAGAUAAAGGCCUAGUCUAGAAAAAUUUAAGACUCAAAUUGUUGCCACAUAUAACAUUGAAAAAUAUGUUGCUAAACAAACUCUCAAACAUGAAAAAUUUGAAAAGUCAUGGGAAAAGAAACUUAGUUCUAUAGAAAUAUCUCAAUAGGUGAAUAGCAUACAUACUAUAUGAAAAGUCUGUUAUAAUUUUAUUUAAAAGUUAUAUUACUAUAUACACGUACAUGUGUAUCUAAAUAAAUACAUUUUUAAUAACCACUACUGUUAGAGAAAGAAUUAGCAAAAAGUUAUUAAAGCCUACCCAUUAUCAUUACAAUGAGGUCCUCCGCCAGCAUCUUCUCGCCCCCUCCCCCACCCCAACUUUUUUUUCUUCUCUUGAAUAUCUUACAGUAAGAAGAAAACCUUAGUAGUUUGCACCGAAGACCUUUUAAAAGUUUUUUUUGUAGAUGAUAGAUGCAAAAGCAUACUGCCUUAGCUGUAUCACUGGUUUUUGAAAUUUGAUACUGUAUCUCUGUUGUUUUUUUUUUUCAAAUUUAACACAGACUGAAGAAAUACAUUUGUAUACAUAUAUGUUUUUUUUACAGCAUGUUCAUUAUGUUAGAAAUGGAACUUAUGUAAAUUAUUAUAAUUACAAACGCUCCGAAUAUUCAGGUACACCUUCAUUAGAUAAGGAUCCUAUUGACUGUAAUGUAGGUUUACACAGUAGUAAAAGAAAACCAAAACAGUCACUACAUCCAUAUCAAAUUUGUUUCUGUACAAAAACUUGUUACAGUGUACCUUUUUUUUAGUAUAAAUUAGGCUAAUCUGUGUUUUGAAACUAAGUUGUAUAUAAUAUAAUUCUUGUAUCUUUGGUACAUAGUGUUAUUUAGCCACAAAAUCUACCAAUCCAUUUUGAACACUGAAACAAAAUGUUAGAUAUUGCUACAAUGUAAAAAGAAA